AUGACCUACGCCACACAAGCCGAACAUAAAGCCGACCUUGGGGUUGACGAGGUAGAGAGCAAUGAAGUCGAACAAGUACGUGCCGGUGGAAUCACCUUCACUAAGGAGGAAGAAGAGAAGUUGGUCCGGAAGAUUGAUUUGUUUCUCCUGCCGACCAUCUGGCUGAUGUAUCUUCUCUCGUACAUGGACCGCACCAACAUCGGAAAUGCCAAAAUCGCCGGAAUGGCUCAUGAUUUGGAACUAUCUUCUAGCCAAUAUUCUGUGGCACUGGUGGUUUUCUUUGUCGGAUACGUCAUCUUCGAGGCUCCAAGCAAUAUGAUCCUCGUUCGAAGCCGUCCAUCUCGCUACUUGCCGGCAAUCAUGGCCGUCUGGGGCUGCCUGACCUGCGCGAUGGCUGCAAUCAAGACGUACCAUCAUCUCAUUAUUCUUCGUAUCUUCGUCGGUAUUUUGGAAGCAGGCUUUGCCCCUGGCAUUCUUCUCAUCAUCUCCUCGUGGUACAAGCGAACAGAGCAGUCUAAGCGAUUUGCGGUGUUCAUCAGUGCUGCUAUCCUCUCCGGAGCGUUCGGUGGCCUUCUAGCUGGCGCGAUCACAGGCGGCUUGGAGGGAGCCCAUGGGCUCCGAGGCUGGAGAUGGCUUUUCAUCGUUGAAGGUGUUGCAACAAUUGGCUGGGCUGGUAUCUCGGGGUUUAUCCUUCUUGACUUUCCUGCCACGUCGACAAGAUUGACCGAGCGCGAACGUGCAAUCGCCAUUGCCCGGCUCCUUGACGAAGGGGUCACAGUCAGAUCGGAGGAUGGACCAAAAACCUCCAAAGCCAAGUCUUUCUGGUUAGCCUUGAAGGACUGGAGAACUUGGGGCUUUAUACUGGGAUAUAUGGUUAUCGUUGGAUCUUCGACACUGAGCUAUUUUUAUCCUACCUUGGUACAUAAUUUGGGGUAUACUUCAACAGUCCAGGCACAGUAUAUGACGGUCCCCAUCUACGCAGUUGCAUUCGUCUGCACGGCUGUGACUGGAUACUUUGCAGAUCGCAUCCCAACAUGGAGAGGAGUCGUUAUAUCCAGCUGGCUGACGUUUUCAAUGAUCACCUCGAUCGUCGUGUGCCUAAUUCGAAACUUUACUGCUCGAUAUGCACUACUUGUUUUGAUGGCGGCAGGAUUGUGGGCCUCGAACGCACUUUCCCUUUCUUUCGCUUCAUCGACAUUUGGAUCAAUGGAACCAGAAGUCCGAGCUGUUGCAUUGGCGUUGGUAAACGCAAUGGGAAACCUCGCUCAAAUAUAUGGAGCAUACCUGUUCCCUUCGUCAGACAGCCCUCAGUACACCAUGGGCUUCGGCGUGAUCUCUGGUCUCCUAGGAUUUGGAGUGAUUGUAUACAUCGUGAUGCAUAUACUGGUCAGAAAGGGAAAGGCGUGA